AUGGACCAUAUACAUCGCUAUACGUCCGAUACAGAGUCCGAGCCAGAACCAGAACCAGAACCAGAACCAGAACCAGAACCAGAACCAGAACCAGAACCAGAACUAGAGUUGGGCCAGGGAAUUAAUCCAGAGUCAUUACGAACAAGUCAAGACUUUAAAGAAGAAAUUGGAAGCGGUGCUGAUUCAAGUGGUUCGAAUUUAGAAUCCAAUUAUAAAACACAAUCAACUCUUGCGUCUCUCCCACUGCCCCCACCACUUAUUAUAUAUCUGCAGCAAGAACAUCCCAAAAUGAAUAGUCGAAAUGCCGGUUUGUUUGUUUAUAUUUCGUGGUCUCCGCUGAUUCUUACUGCAAAUAAGCUUGAAAAGCUAGUUUCUCAAGUAGUCAAGAGUAUACCUCGUUUAGAUGAUAACUACCGGUUUUCGGUACCAAAUAAACAAACGGGAGUGCUGAUCAAGCACCAUAUUACGUUACUACCAAACAUGUCACUCGGAAUCGAUAAAAAGAAGGUCUUUUUGGAAAUGAUGGGAGAUAAAAUCAAAAGUGUAAAGAUACCAGAUACCUUAAAGAUGAAGCGAAAAGAUACAAAGAGAAACUCACCACUCAUGUCGCCAUUAUCAAACAUAAUAGGUAAAAUUCGACCGUCAGUUGAGCUUGAAAUAGGUAGUCAUCUUGUACUAGAACAGAGUCCCCAAAAAGACAACUUAUUUUUGACAUUGCCCAUACUUGAAAAUUCCGAGUCAUAUAAAUACUUGUCAGUUCUCUCUAAUGAAAUUAAAGAGGCAGCUAACCUCUGUGGCGCCAGCUAUUUAUUUCCCGAGGAAAAAAACACCCCUUUUCAUAUAACCAUUGGACUUGGGAAGAGGUAUAGACAAGUGCUAUCUGACACAGACAUUGAAGAAUGUAAACAACAGGUUGCAUUAUAUAAAACAGGUCUUGCGGAUCUUAAAUUGCAUAUAUCACAAGUCUCUGUUGCCGAAAGCACAGAGAGAACAAAUGACAAGUUUGAUUUGAUCAACUGA